AUGGGGGGCCCCUCCCAGAGCUGGGGAGAGAACCCAGGAGUCCUGGCUCCCAGCCUCUCUUGCUCUAACCCAGCAGCCCCCACUCCCCUCCCAGAGCCAGGCAGAGAACCCAGGAGUCCUGGCUCCCAGCCCCUACUCCGCUCCCAGAGCUGGGGAGAGAACCCAGGAGUCCUGCUCCUCCAACUCUGGAGGGAGAGGUUGGGCGGGGCCUCCUCGGUGGUGACAGGUUGCCCCUGGCCAAUCAGUGCCCCGCCUGGUCCGUGGGCGGGGUCAACACCAACAGACGCUUUCCAUCCGGGCCAUAGCCCCGCAGGGACUACAGGUCCCAGCAUCCUUCCGACCGGAAGUCCCGCUCCCCCCCGGAAGGAGAGUCGUCUCGCCGCCGCUCGGGGCUGGGACUCCAUCUCCCGGCGUGCCCGGCCGGGGAGGAGGAGCGAGCGCGCAGUCGCGGCGCGGGGGCUGCUGGGAGUUGGAGUCCCCUGGCUGCCGCGUGCGGGCGGGGACAGCGAGGCCGCGGACUCCAUCUCCCGGAGUGCAGCGCGGCGGCGCCGCCGCCGGGCGGGCGGGGGGAGCGAGGAGGGGAGCGGAGGGGGCGGCCGGGCGGGGUGGGGAGCGGAGUCGGGCGGCACCGGACGGAGGGAGAGAGCGGCCCGGGGUGCGAGCCCCGCGCGGGGCGGCGAGGCCAUGGCGGAGCCCAGCCCGGAAGAUCCACCUCCGAACCUCAAAGCGGAGACGCAGCCCCCCGAGAAGCGGCGGCGAACGAUCGAGGACUUCAAUAAAUUCUGCAGCUUUGUCCUGGCCUAUGCCGGCUACAUCCCGUCCACCAAGGAGGAGAGCGACUGGACCCCUUCGGGCUCCAGCUCCCCCCUGCGCCCGGAGAGUGUGGCGGACAGCGACGGCUGGGAGUCGACCCACUCGGACCUGCACACCAUCGAGACCUUCGUCAAGAAGGCCAAGUCCUCCAAGAAGAAGGCCUUCCGCCGCCUCAAGGCCGACAGCUCCCUGCUGGAGAAGAUGAAGCUCAAGGACUCCCUCUUCGACCUGGAUCCCGCCGCCCGGCAGCCGCCGGUGCCCCGGCCUGGCCCGCCGGGGGACAAGAAGAAGGAGAAGCGGAGCCGGCGGGCGGGGGCGGCCCCCGAGGCGGCCCGGCGGGGCCGGGGGGACUCGGCGGGCGAGAAACGCUCGCGCAUCAAAAAGAGCAAGAAGCGGAAGUUGAAAAAGGCCGAGAAGAAGCUCAAGGCCUCCCUGAGCGAGACGGACUCGGAGGAGGAGGAGGCGGGGGCGGACCGGGGCGGGGAGGAGGAGGCCCCCUCCCCGGAGGAGCUGCUGCCCGAGGGUGGCUUCCCGGAGCCCAAACUGGGGGGUGGGGAGGGCAAGGAGUGCGGCAGCACCGAGACCAGCCAGGACGGGGACGGCAGCUCCAGCGAGGGGGAGAUGCGGGUCAUGGACGAAGAUAUCAUGGUCGAGUCAGGGGACGACUCGUGGGACCUGAUCACCUGCUACUGCCAGAAGCCCUUCGCCGGCCGGCCCAUGAUCGAGUGCAACCAGUGCGGCACCUGGAUCCACCUCUCCUGCGCCAAGAUCAAAAAGACCAACGUCCCCGACAUCUUCUACUGCCAGAAGUGCAAAGAGAGCGCCCGCAAAGCCGCCGCGCCGGCCCCCCGGGGCGGGGGGGAGCCCUAGAGACUCGGCCCCGCUCCCCUCCCCCCCCGCCCACCGAGCUGGAACCCCCCCCGAGUCGCCGUGAGGGCUUCAAAACCCCCUCGAG